AUGACAAAUACUCAACGACAAACUCGUUACCUAUAUUCUUUAGUAAAGGUUACCAUUCCACCAAUUGAACAAUAUGAACGUCUUAUUACGAUUAUCGCUCGAUCUCAAGUUCACAGAGAAAAAAUGGAGUUGCGUGACAAAGACCAUAAUGAAAAAUGGACGAAAGCUUAG